GUCAGUUUAAUCUUACUUCACAUUUCAUUCUUUAUUUUACAAAUCAUUCAUUCUGAAGCAGCGCAAAUGAACGGGUUCGAACGGUUAUCGUUGGUUUGUGUGUUGUACGGAUGGAUCAGUUUUGUUCCCCCUGUGCUGUGUGGUGCAGAACUACGCCUGGGGUAAAGUGGGUCUGGACAGUGAGGUGGCGCGGCUCGUGCUCGGUGGAGACUCUCAGGCUCUCAUAGAGGAGGCCAGACCCUAUGCAGAGCUUUGGAUGGGUGCUCACCCCAAAGGUGACGCUCUUAUCAAAGACAACAGGAUAUCCCAGAGGACACUGGGACAGUGGAUUGCAGAUUUCCCAGGGUGCCUGGGGUCAAAGGUCAAGGACACAUUCCACGGGCAGCUCCCGUUCCUUUUUAAAGUGCUGUCCGUCAACACGGCUCUGUCCAUCCAGGCGCAUCCCAACAGGGAGCUGGCUGCCAGACUCCAUGCGCAGUUCCCUGAACAUUACCCAGACAACAACCACAAACCGGAGAUGGCCAUCGCCCUCACUCAGUUUGAAGGGCUCUGCGGCUUUCGGCCAAUGCAUGAGAUCUUGGGCUUCCUCAAAAAUGUCCCAGAGUUCCGUGCGCUGAUCGGUAAUGAAGCCGCUGAGGAGCUCCAGAGCGCGGUGGGAGACCCGGACCGAACGUCUCUCGCUCUGAAGAAAUGUUUCACCAGAAUGAUGAACUGUGAGAAGAAGCUGUUUGUGGAUCAGCUCAACAUGUUGGUCAAACGAAUCUCAGAGGAAGAGGCUGCAGGCAGAGACACCUCAGCAAGUAAUGGAGAACUGCUGCUCCGGCUGCAUUCCCAGUAUCCGGGGGACAUCGGAUGCUUUUCCAUUUACUUCCUGAACCGUAUCGUGCUGCAGCCGGGGGAGGCCAUGUUUCUGGGAGCAAAUGAGCCUCACGCCUAUCUGUCUGGAGACUGUGUGGAGUGUAUGGCGUGUUCUGAUAACACUGUACGUGCCGGACUGACUCCCAAAUACAUUGACGUGGACACGCUGUGUGAGAUGUUGAAUUACAGCCCGGCUCCGGUCAGUGCCAAAAUCUUCCCCUGCGUGCAGGACAACAGCGACCCCUGCGUCUACCUCUACGACCCUCCUGUGCCAGACUUCAGCGUCAUGAGAAUACAGAUCCCCGCCUCAGUGCGGCAGUACACUGUGAGCGCGCUGGAAUCUGCCGGCAUCCUGUUGGUUAUCGACGGAGAGGCCGCCGCCACGUCUGCUGCCGCCCUCUCUGACAUGACUCUGAAACGAGGCUCCGUGCUCUUCAUUUCAGCCAAUGAGAGCGUCUCGUUACAGGUGACAUCAUCGACGGGCAUGACCAUGUUCCGAGCCUGCUGCUUACUGUAGGAGACGUCCGUUCAUAAACGUCCAGCGUCCAUCUGUUCUGUCCUAAUCAAAACUAACCGCUGAAACAAAGUUCAAGUAGAAACCAUGUUCCCAUGUUUUUGGCUUCAUCACAAACUUGCAUGAUGAAUAAACCCCUCUUUAGUCAGAAAUUAUGAUCAUUAUGAUGACAUUUAGUGUUAAAAUUGCUAUGCUUAACCAAAAAAAAAAAAUAUAUAUAUAAAUAAUGAAACGGUUUGAAUUAUGAUUGAGGUUCUGCGUGCAUGUUCUUUUAAAAUAUGUAAAAGUAUAUGAAUUCCUUUAAGUCAACAUGAAACGCUGUUCACAACCAUUUUACUUUAAUAAUGUGACAUAUUUACCAGGGUAUUCAAUCAAAAAAACAAAAAAAAAAAACAGGAAGGGAUUUGAUUGGAUGGUGAAAAGUGGGCGUUUCAGAAUAAUCUCAGAGCAGAAUGAGUUUAAACCACCAGCAUUAAAUAAACUAUAGGUAGGGUUUUUAGAGAGGAUGCUUUACCUAAAUCAGUAGCUAGACUGGUAUUGGCUAACAACGUGCAGUAGUCCACACGAUUUUGGGGAUGUCAGCAAAAAUUCUGUUACAUUUUGAUGAAAGAUUAUGAAGACAAAACUUUUUUUUCUUUCAAAUAUCUUGCACUGAUGAAUCAUUAAUAAAAAGGAACAGGAACGUCUUAGAGGGGCUAUAUGUAAGAAUUUCCGCUGUUUUAUUGCCAAUGUGUGAACAGAAUGUAACGAAACUUAAAAAACGAGACCUUCCCCGUCUUUCUAGAUCGUCUAUGAAAGCCUGUAGACUGAUUUUUAUGUGAGGGACUCGGGACGGUUUUGCCGGGAAAAUCAAAAGGAUGUGACGGUUACGCGCACUCCGUUCUAUGAUACAUGAAAUGAAUGCUUAAUGCUCAAUGCCAAAAGAUUUCUUCUGUACUGUAAUGUCAAUGUGUCAAGCAAAGAAAAGGGAUUCAUUUCAAGCUAUAGUCUCACAGCCAGAUCUAUACUGUCUCGGAUAUACUUUAUAAUCAAAUUAUCAUAACAAUGUCAUUUUUAAUUACCUCAUAAUCUGUGUUACAAGUUGCUGGCUGCAGUUCACUUAACGGCCACCGGUGUCGCUAAUAACGUUUUCUGAAUUCUACAUAUAGCCACUUUAAAGAAAGUAAAUAAGGUCAGAUGUGAUUUCAUGUUGACGCAUAAAUUAAACGCAUGAUCACGGAUGCAUGAUCACUCGCUAUUGGCUGCAAGAUAAUAAACAUUUUAUGAAAUUAAAUUUGUGAUUUUAGAGAUUUCUUUUGCAUAAGGACGUAAAAUAAAACCAAGGUGGAGGACAGUAACAAUUUUACUUUUACAGAAAAAUCUGGUAACGUAGACUUGAGACCAAUUUUAACGUUUUUAGACCUUUUUCAUGGUAUUACUGCUGAAGAACAACAUUGUUGCAGACAAUACUCAAACAAUUUAGGGUUUUAUUGAUUAAGUUCAAGUGACAGACAAAAGUGUUGUGAUUUGAUUACCAGUGCAACUGAUUUUAAAAACCCUGCAACCUGAAAAAGUGUUUUCAUACAUGUGAACUUUGUUACCGAUUUUUAUUCUCCCUUAUUAGUGAUUGUAUGGCUUGAUUUGUGGUUAUGUUUUAUUGCUGUAGUUAUAUUUGCACUACAAGUGUGGAGAGCACAAAGGAUGCUGGGAAUUACUGGCACCUGAUGUUUGUUUACUGUAUUUUUAGUGCCCUCUUCAGAUUCGUACUUGUGAAACCAGAAGCCUGACCUCAAAUCUGUUGGUUUCUGGGAUUAUUUCUAUAUUUUUGCAGCUGUAUUCUUCUGAAGUGUAACGGGAUCAAAGCAUGCAUUCGACGGCUAAAGCGAGAGUCUGAAUGAUUGAAUGUAUGGCACUUUCUGAGCUGUAAUGGAGCAUGUGUCUGAUAAGAGGAACACUGUAUGUAAUUGUAAUCCCUAAUAAAUAAUGGUUCUGUAAUCUUUCA